AUGGAGGCCCUGCAGAGGCAGCAGGCAGCUCGGCUGGCCCAGGGAGUGGUGCCAUUAGCCCCUCCACACCCACCACUGCCACCAAAGCCUCCCCUUCCUGGCCCCCGGACCCUACAGGUCCCUGAGGGGGCUUUGGGAGAGGUUGGGGCUGAGGAAGAGGAGGAUGCCGAAGAGGACGAGGAGGGGGAGGAAGCCGGGGCAGAGGAGGCAGCAGCUGAGGAGAGCCGUCCAGGGGCCCAGGGCCCCAGCUCACCUUCCAGCCAGCCCCCUGGACCCCAUCCCCAUGAGUGGACCUACGAGGAACAGUUCAAGCAGCUGUACGAGCUCGAUGCAGACCCGAAGAGGAAGGAAUUUCUGGAUGACCUGUUUAGCUUCAUGCAGAAGAGGGGGACGCCAGUGAACCGCGUGCCCAUCAUGGCGAAGCAGGUGUUGGACCUGUAUGCGCUGUUUCGCCUGGUGACGGCCAAGGGCGGCCUGGUGGAAGUCAUCAACCGCAAAGUGUGGCGGGAGGUCACGCGGGGCCUCAGCCUGCCCACUACCAUCACUUCGGCCGCCUUCACUCUCCGCACCCAGUACAUGAAGUACCUGUACCCGUACGAGUGCGAGACGCGGGCGCUCAGCUCGCCGGGGGAGCUCCAGGCCGCCAUAGACAGCAAUCGGCGCGAGGGCCGUCGCCAGGCUUACACCGCCGCCCCGCUCUUCGGCUUGGCGGGGCCGCCACCGCGGGGCGCUCAGGGCCACCCCUCUGGACCUGGCCUCGCCCCGCCCGCGACCCCGCUCGACCCCGCCCAGGGCUCCGCCUCCGGUCUGCCGGCGCACGCGUGCGCCCACCUGAGCCCGAGCCCCAUUAAGAAAGAGGAGGGUGGAACUCCAACCCCUCGCCUGGCAGUGCCUGUGGGCCUGGCCUUGGGACCUGCACGAGAGAAGUUGGCACCAGAGGAGCCACCAGAGAAGAGGGCUGUGUUGAUGGGGCCUAUGAACCCACCUCGACCCAAUGCACCCCUCGGUUUUCUGCCCCGUGGGAAGGUUCCCCUGAGGGAAGAGCGGCUGGAUGGGCCUCUCAAUCUGGCAGGCAGUGGCAUCAGCAGUAUCAACAUGGCCCUAGAGAUCAACGGGGUAGUCUACACUGGCGUCCUCUUUGCCCGCCGCCAGUCUGUGCCAGCUUCCCAGGGCCCAACCAACCCUGCACCCCCACCCUCUACAGGGCCCCCUUCCAGCACCUUGCCCUGA